AUGAACUGUAGUAUACGCACAUUGCUGUUAAAGCACUCCCAUUCCUCAAAUCGACAGCUGAAAAUUUUUCUUCGGAGUUUUUCAUUUGCUUUCAAAAGGAGUCCGAAAACGUCACAGAAAUCAUUAUGGAAGCGUAGUUCUGAACAAAUCCGAAGUUGUUUUCACCCAGGCUCAAGCAAUCCAACUCCAAUGACUUUUUCUCUUGGUAAGCGAGUGUCAACCAAGGAAUUAGUCAAAAUAAUGUUAAAAACUGUCUGGCCAAAAGAGAAUUGGCGUAUUAGAAGACUGUGCAUCUAUUCAAUGAUGCUUCUUAUUUUAGCUAAGGUUAUGAACGUGUGCGUACCGUUUUUAUUAAAAAAUGUGAUUAAUUAUUAUAAUGAACGCGUACCAGCUGAUUUUCAACUCGAAGUGAAAAGCCAUGGGUCUUUGUUUGGAGUGGCAGCAUUUUCGAUUAUUUUGGCUUAUGGAGCAACGCGUAGUGGUGCAGCAUUAUUUAAUGAGCUUAGAAAUGCAAUAUUUGCACGUGUUGCUCAUCAUAGUGUUCGCAGUAUUGCUCGACAAAUUUUCCUUCAUUUGCAUUCAUUAGAUUUGUCAUUUCAUUUAAGUCGCCAAACUGGUGGCCUAUCUAAAGCUAUUGAUCGUGGUACUCGGGGUAUGGCAUUUGUACAAAGUGCUCUGGUCUUUAACGUAGUACCAACUGCGUUUGAAGUUGGCAUGGUGUCAGGAUUACUGUAUUGGAACUGUGGCCCUUCAUUCACAUUUGCAACUUUAGGAUGUCUGUCAACAUAUACUAUUGCAACCUUAGGAAUAACUAAAUGGAGGACUAAAUUUCGUCAUCAGAUGAAUCAGGCUGAUAAUGAUGCAGGCAAUAGAGCAGUUGAUUCACUGAUUAAUUAUGAAACUGUAAAGUAUUUCAAUAAUGAGAAUUUUGAAGCGGAGCGAUAUGAUUUCUUCCUAAAGAAGUAUGAAUUAGCAGCUCUAAAAACGAGUACAUCAUUGGCAUUGUUGAAUUUCGUACAAAAUGCUAUUUUUAGUAGUGGUCUUGUUGCUGUGGUGUGUCUUGCGGGAAUUGAAGUUCAAAAAGGCACGAUGAAUAUUGGUGACAUUGUCCUUGCGAAUACAUUAUUAUUCCAAUUAUCGAUACCACUCAAUUUUCUUGGAUCGGUUUAUCGAGAAAUAAAGCAAGGAUUGGUGGAUAUGCAGCUGAUGUUUUCUCUUUUUCAUCUUAAGAGUAACAUAACUGAAAAACCAAAUGCACUAUCGUUGAAAAUCGAUGUCUUUAAUUCAUCUUUGUCAUUUAAAAAUGUUAAAUUUGGUUAUCAUCCUGGACAGCAUGUACUGCAAGGACUGAGUUUAGAUAUUCCUUCUGGUAAGAAGGUAGCCAUAGUAGGUGGUAGUGGGAGCGGAAAAUCAACAAUUGUUCGCCUUUUGUAUCGAUUAUUUGAUCCAGAAGAUGGUGAAAUCUACAUCAACAAUCAAAAAAUUAGUGAUGUUCAGUUGGAAAGUUUGCGAAAAUCUAUCGCUAUUGUGCCACAGGAUUCUGUUCUUUUUCAUGACACUAUAUUCUACAAUAUACAUUACGGCAAUCCAGCUGCAUCUAAAGAAGAGGUUUACAGAGUAUCAAAGCUAGCAAAUUUGCAUGAUUCCGUCAUUCAGUUUAAAGAUGGGUAUGAUACUGUUGUUGGUGAGAGAGGUUUGAAAUUAAGCGGAGGAGAAAAGCAACGAGUUGCUAUUGCUCGUGCAAUGCUCAAAAAUGCUCCUGUUAUUGUGUAUGAUGAAGCUACUUCAUCUCUAGAUGCUUUAACAGAAGAAAAUAUUAUGAGGUCUCUGGGCAACGCUGUACAUCAACGUACAUCUUUGUUUAUUGCACAUCGGUUAGCAACGAUUGUUGAUGCUGAUAUCAUUUAUGUACUGAAAAACGGCAAGGUGUUUGAAUCUGGAUCUCAUUUUGAACUUCUUGCAAAACCCAACAGUCAUUACGCAGAACUUUGGAGAUCACAGCACAAGUAUGCAAGUAGAACACAACCAGGACCACUGAGUCUUCAAAAUAAUGCAAAAAAGUAUUUCAAUUUGGAAUUGUUAGAAGAUACUUUUCGUGAUGAUAACUGCUGUAGAACUGGAAGUGGAUGCAAACGUUAA